CGCUCCGCCGCCCGCCGCCGCCGCCGCCCCCGCCCCGCCGCCCCGCCAUGGGCCUGGAGCUGUACCUGGACCUGCUGUCCCAGCCCUGCCGCGCCGUCUACAUCUUCGCCAAGAAGAACGGCAUCCCCUUCGAGCUGCGCCCCGUGGAGAUAUUCAAAGGGCAGCUCGUGAGCAAGGAUUUCUCCCAGAUUAACAGCCUGUGCAAGGUCCCUGCCCUCAAGGAUGGGGACUUCAUCUUGAGCGAAAGCACUGCCAUCUUGAUAUACCUGAGCUGCAAGUACCCGACGGCGGACCACUGGUACCCCUCCAACCUCCAGGCCCGUGCCCGCAUCCAUGAGUACCUGGGCUGGCAUGCCGACUGCAUCCGUGGCACCUUCGGCGUGCCCUUUUGGACUCAGGUGUUGGCACCGCUCAUUGGGGUCCACUUGCCUGAGGAGAAGGUGCAGCGUAACAGGGCUGCCAUGGACCGGGCGCUGCAGCAGCUAGAGGACAAGUUCCUGAGGGACCAGGCCUUCCUCACAGGCCAGCACGUGACACUGGCCGACCUCAUGGCACUGGAGGAGCUGAUACAGCCUGUGGCUGUUGGCUUUGACCUCUUUGAGGGACGGCCGAAACUGGCAGCAUGGCGUGAGCGACUGGAGGCUUUCCUGGGUACGGAUCUCUGCCAGGAGGCCCGUGGUCUCAUCCUGAACAUCUUGGAGCAGGCAGCCAACAAAAAGAUCCCGGACCCUGCCCCGGAAGUCUAUCCUUAUAUGCUGCUUCGUAUUUCCAGGAUUCCCUGAGGAGUCUGGAAUGGGAGCUGAUGGUUGUAGCCCAGGAGAUUAGCAAUAAAGAUUCCUUCUUAGUC